AGCGUUUUCACGUUUUUACACUUUUUCCCUGCUGCCGACAUUAGAUUUCCGCACGGUGGGGAUACUACAAACAGAAGUCAAACGACUUUUCUGCUGUCAUUGAAGUCCAGUUCAUAUCUUCGACGCCAGUAAUGGUCGUGCUGCACCAUGAACCGCAAUAAUUUCCAGCAGUUUAAGCCAGCUCGUGAUGAGUUGGCUUGUGAUUUGGUUUCCUCACCCCUAGAGUCGGCACUCCAGGCUCCUUGGACUUUCCUCCACCCCACGGUAGAGCUUACCGAUACUGUUCAAUCUUCGGUUCCCAUCUAUCUGAAUCCUUUGGCGCUCUCGGUCAGCAGCUCCCAAUGUGGCCGACAGCGAAGAGACAGGAAGCGGAAACGGACCGACGUCGAGCAGAAUCUAGGGGGCCAUGCCCUGCAGUUACGGCAGUUGUACGUGAAAGGGUUCAGUCCCGAUCAAGUAUGGCAACAAGCCAUCCGAAUCCUCGAUUCCACUUUCAGAGAACUCGAGCAUGAUCGCACCUGCUAUAAAGGGGCCGCUGAACAACGUUCUGCCGAACGGGAAGAUUCAUUAGAAUUACCCUCCCAUCACGCUUUAAAAGCAGGGUUGUCGGAAUUUAGCGAUUCUGACGGCCAGUCUCGAAAUGACAGCGAACUUUUGAGUCUGGACAGCAGUGAUACGGCGAGCGCGACUUUUCAAAGCCCUUCAACUGAACUUGACGGAAGUUACCAUGGGCUGUCAAGCGAUGAGUCAACGCCUAGCCAAACCGAAUAUGAUGGAAGCAAUCGGGAAACAUAUGUAGAGGACGCUUUCGGCCUCAAUGAUGGUUUUUUCUCGAUCGACGACUUCAACAGGCAAUCUGAACAAUUCGAAAGACAGGAUGUUAGGGGUGGACCCGAUGACGAUACCGACAGUGAUGGUGAGGGAGUUGACUGGCAUGCGAAUCCACUUGACCUUGCAGACCCUGAGCUGGACCGAAAGAGGGGCUCGACAACAGUGCCACCCGUCAAGGACGGAAAUGACAGCACAGGUGACAGCGAAGAAGAAGGGCCAACGUUUGAUAACAUGGACAUAUACGGUCUUUCAGACUCUGAUGAUGACGAAUUACAUGUCGGUCCCGAGGGAACAAGUUGGAUCAACACCAGCGAUAUCAAAUAUGAUGAUUUCUUUGCGCCACCUCCACGGAAGGCUUCGAAGAAAAAGUCGCGUUCACUCCCCAAUACGCAGCCAACUCACAAGGUCUCUGAUGGCGACAUUGACCGAGCGAUGGCUGAUGUUCGUCGAGACCUUUUUGAGGAUGAACCCUCGACCGACGACGAAGACGUCUCUGAGAAUGCUCUCGCAUCGCCCAGUCACUAUUCUAGCCACGAGAAGCAACGCGCCCGAAUCGCCGAUGAGAUCCGCCGCUUGGAGGCAGCAAAUGUUGCCAAGAAGGAGUGGAUGAUCAGCGGCGAAGCUCGAGCAAUCGAGAGACCCGUAAAUUCCCUCAUUGAAGAAGAUCUAGAUUUCGAGCGAAUAGGCAAGCCUGUCCCAGUUGUCACAGCAGAGUUGACGAGCAGCAUUGAAGAGAUCGUCAAGCAACGAAUUCUCGCAAAGCAAUUUGACGAAGUAAUACGUCGCCGUCCUGGAAUUCCCGACAAAACGUCUACAGAACGAUCGAAGCUUGAGCUUGAGGAUACCAAACCACAACAGAGUCUCGCCGAGCUCUACGAGGCUGAUCAUUUGAGGUCGACAGAUCCAAAUUACGUUGACCCCAGGAAUCAGAAAUUGAUGCGCGAGCAUGCUCAUGUCAACAGUCUUUGGGAGAUUAUAAGCUCUCAGUUGGAUACGCUCUCUAACUGGAAUUACAAGCCGAAGGCUCCGCAGGCGAGCAUCAACGUGGUUACUGAUGUAGCGACUAUCACUAUGGAAGAGGCUCAGCCCACCACCAGCAGUGCUGUCAAUGGUCCUGCAGCGCUUGCACCACAAGAGAUAUAUGCUCCCGGGGAUGAUGGCAUAGUACCUGGGGAGUUGAAUCUGAGAAAUGGAGUAUCAAUUUCUAAGGAAGAGAUGACGCGUGAACAAAAGGCGAGAUUGAGGCGGGACCACAAGAAGCAAAAGCACGGCUCUAUAACAAACAAGCAACAAUCUGGAAAAGCGGCAGAGGCUGAGAAGCUUUUGUCCGACCUCAAGCGGGGUGGAGUCAAGGUUAUUGGGAAACAAGGCGAGGUCACUGAUAUUCAAGGGAAAACAAUCGGUGAAGGUGCCAAGGAUAAAAGCCAUGCUUUAAAAUUGUAAUAAAUGCUCCAGAAAAUGAUCCUAUCUAUUUGGAAAAAAUGAAGAGUUGCCAACGUGAUUUAG